CCAUCCGUCAGUGAACCAAAUGGUUUUGCCGGUAACAACAAUUUGCAUUUUGUUAUUAUUAUCUGCCCUACUAGCAGUAGAAGGCACCUUUGCCACUAUCAACACACACGGUGAUUACUGUGUCAUUGGAGAAAGAACGAGUACGAUGUCUUCCGAUUCGCAGCAGAAGUACGAAGCCGGAACGCACUCGAUUGCCUAUGUGACCACUCCGAAUGCAAACUCAGCCAAAGAGCUGGCUCGGAAGUUGGUGGAGCGUAAACUGGCAGCUUGUGUGAACAUUAUCCCCGGACUGACCUCGAUCUACGAAUGGGAAGGUAAAAUCAACGAGGAUCAGGAAAUUCUGCUGAUGAUCAAAACGCGCACGGCCCGGGUGGACGAGCUGAGUAAAUUUGUCCGGGAGAAUCAUCCGUACAGUGUGGCGGAGGUGAUUUCCGUUCCGAUCGAGAAUGGCAAUCCACCAUACCUGGACUGGCUGAGCAAGACUGUCACGGAGGCGAAGAAGUAGGUGAAAACAGGGUGGAACGAUUUCUGUUGA